GCGGCGUCAUACCGGCGCCCGCGCCCCAAAACCAAUCCGCCCGCCGCCUCCUGCCCCGUGCCCCGACCCAAGACGCGGGGAGCAGGCCACGCCGCCUCCUGCCCCGACCCAAGACGCGAGGACGAGGCCACGCCGUGCCCUUAUCCCACCGCCCGCAAGGUAUCGUCCGCACCUCUCUCCGCGUAGGCGGUUCCCAUGGGUCGCAGGUCAAAGGCGGCGGCGGCGUCGAGAGCUAAGGCCGCGACGGCGGCGAGAGCUACGGCAGAGAGAGCUGCCCCGGUCGCGAAAAGGCGCAAAACAAAUGUUGCGCCGGCUGAUCGGGCUGAGGCAAAAGCUCGACGGGUUAUUGACGAGCAUAACCGUCCCGAAGCUCCCCAACCUACCCCCUGCAAGUUGAAGCUAGGGUUGAGAUCCAGUCGAGACAGGAACCCAGAAGCUUUGACAUGGCAAUGCGAUUGUGGAAAGUUGAAUCUGCCGAGGCGUUGCCUCCUGGCAGAUAUACCUGUGCUGCAGUGCGACUGUGGUCGCGAGGCUGAUAUUGACUUUGACUUCUCUAUGGGAGAUGUCACGAUCAAUGAUCAGAAACCGAUUGUCAACGCCAAUAUCAAAUUACAGGGACAGGAUGACUGCUUACUAUGCGCUACAGCUUCAAAUAUGGAAAUUACCCUCCAAAUGAGAAGCAUCCUUGCAGGAGAAGAUGUGGACAAAUGUCCAGAAAUAGAUUUGCAGGAUUUGCACAUGAAGCAUGAUCAUAUCAGAAAUAAGUUUAAACUCAACAAGGAGGACAAAUGGCAUCCCAAUACUGUCCUUAUUUUAGCUUCUAUAGCUAAAUACCAGGGAGUUGUAUCUGACGAGGGGGCCGAGUCAACAAUACAUAAACUCCCAGAAUAUAUGUAAGUGAAGAACAAUUUCUAUGAUAUUGUCCGCGUCUUGGCGGAUGGAUAUCCACUUACCACUGGGAUCAUUGCUGGAAAAAAAUUCCGGCACUUAAAACCAGGUCAAAUAUACAAAGCACCCGGUGACGAUAAGUUCGUUCCUGGUAAAUCCAGGAUUGGUCAUGCAAUAUUGUUAGUUGGUGCUGGGAGGAUAAGAGGGAUGAAUUAUUACCAUUUUAUAAAUUCGUGGGGCAAGCACUUCUGUGUGCAAGAUGGAAAUAGAUAUGGAUUUGGAAUGGUACGGGCAAGGGACAUCCGGUUCCAACCAAUACAAUUCAUACGCUACGAAGAAGAUAUUGUGCAUCACAAAGAACUCGCGUCCACUGACUUGUUUGAUGGAGAACUGGAAGAAAGUCAUACGCCAACUACAUACGGUCUUGAUGCUGAGGAGAAAACCCAGUCUUCAGCCUGUGGUCAAGAACUUGAAGGACAACCAGUUGAAAUGGUUGUAUCAAUUAUUGCAACCUUCCCUUCAGAAAUACAGGAUGAUGUGCCUUCGGCGUCUCCAAAUACCCUACUAGCUACAUUGACACCUGCACUAGUUACUGAAGCCAACAUGUUGCGGGAGAGGUUUGCUCAUCAAUAUCAUAGCGGCUCACUUUUUGGCAUGAACUCCAGGAAUAGGAGGGGAGAGUCCUCUUGUUGUGAUGAUUCCAUUGAUUCAGGCCUUGAUAGAAACACUGGUCACCCCUCCCGUCAAACGGCCAGCAAGCUAAUUGAAACUGAAGGGACUCCUCUUGUUGACAAGGAUGCUCUCAAUGCUCUUAUUCGAUUACCUCGAGUUGUUCAGCCUAUAUACAAGGGCCAGUUGCAGAGGCUUCUCUUGAACCUUUGUGCUCACCAGGAAAGCAGAAAGUCGUUGGUUCAAAUUCUUUUGGACAUGCUUAUGCUUGCUCUGCAGGGCUCUUCUAAGAAAUCAAUUGAUGCAACUGAGCCAUCAUUUAGGCUGUGUGCCAUCAUUGGUUUCCCAUGGUGUAUUGGAAGCUCUGACAUACCUGGCAAGGGAUCAUCCAAAUGUGGCUAAUUUCUUACUUUUUCUUCAGUUCCCUUGCCCACCCACUUGCUAUACUGAAACACUUGAUCAGAGGCGUGGAAAGGCUGUCUUUGUGGAAGUGGAACAACAGAAAGCUUUUGCGUUUGUUCUACUUUUAACUCUAUAUCAGCAACUUUAUAUGAGAAGUGUAGCUCAUCUUGAACAGUUACUGUAUCUUCUGGAAGUUGUCAUGGUUAACGCGGAGAAUGAAAUUAAUCAAGCUAAGUUGGAAAGUUCAUCUGAGGUCCAAGACGAUGCCUGUGUUGCUGGGUCAUCUGGAGCAAAGCCCAAUGCUGAAGAUAGUGGUGAAUCCUCUGCAGAUAAUGGAAGUUGCUUGCUAUCUGUUUUACGUAGUCUUCCCCAAGCUGAGCUUCGAUUGCUAUGUUCAUUGCUUGGACAUGAUGGGUUAUCAGACAAUGCAUAUCUCUUUGUAGCAGAAGUUUUGAAGAAGGUUGUAGCUUUGGCUCCUUUCAUCUGUUGCCAUUUCAUAAAUGAGCUUGCAUGUUCGAUGCAAAAUCUGGCCGUUUGUGCGAUGAAGGAGCUUCACUUGCAUGAAGAUUCUGGAAAUGCAAUUCUGAGCACAUCAUUGGCCAACGGUAUGCCAGUUCUUAGAGUUUUGCAGGCUUUGAGUUCUCUUGUCACAUCUAUUCAAGCUGAGGUAACUGAUUGUGAGUUGAUUCCUGGAGGGCGUAAUAUUAGGGUCACUGAGGAGAACAAGCAUGAAUAUGUGGAUAGGGUGGUAGCAGAGCAUCGUUUAACCACUGCAAUUAGGCCUCAGAUUAAUGCUUUCGUGGAAGGAUUUCAUGAGCUCAUUCCUCGCGAGCUGAUAUCUGAGUUUGAACUGCUAAUCAGUGGACUCCCAGAUAUUGACUUGGACUACCCCUAGGCAAAUACCGAGUAUUCUGGCUAUGGCAUAGCUUCUCCAGUUAUUCAGUGGUUCUGGGAAACUGUCCAGGGUUUCAGCAAGGAGGACGAAGCUCAAUUCCCUCAGUUCGUUACUAGCACUUCGAAGGUUUCUCUGGAGUGUUUCAGUGCGCUCCAAGGAAUAUCUGGGCCACAAAGGUUGCAGAUACACAAGGCGUACGGCAGCACCAGCCAUCUGCCCUCAGCUCAUAUUUGCUUUAACAAUUUAGACUUGCCGGAGUACACAUCCAAAAACCAGCUCCAGGAGAGGUUGCUAUCGGCUAUUCAUGAGGCAAAUGAAAGGUUUGGAAUUGGUUAGUCAGUCAUUCCCGCACUUGUGCAUUCACUGUUAGGUAUUUGUACAUAUAGUGCGGGAGUUGCAAUAGGCAAGUGGGAAUGUGUGCUUGUUCCACGGCCUGCUAGAUCCACUAGUUGGCAACAUAAAGAUAAGCCUUGGUCACUACCAUGAGGUUCUUGACGUUUGUUGGAAAAUGGCCGGGAUCAACCAGGAUAAUUUCAAACAAGUUACUGCAAAGACAUUGAGGAGUGUGACUUUAAACAGAUAGCAACUAUUUGGUGUUCAUAUUUUUUUUCUUUAUUGUUAAUUUUGCCCAUUGCCCCUUUAAAACGUCAUCUUGUUACAUUGGAUUUAACUGGAAGAUGUUUUGAAGCCAUUUACCAUUUUAUU